AUGGCUACUGAAAUUGAUACUUCGCUGAGGCGCAAAUUAUACUAUGCUAUUCCUCCAGCUAUUGCGGGCUUUGCCUAUGGGUGGGAAAAUGCUUCUAUGAGUGGUAUUCUCACCAUGACUCAGUUUUUGGAUUAUUUUGGUACCCCCUCUGCCUUCCGACAGGGCGUUAUGACUGCGGGUUUGCUGGCUGGUGAAUUUGGCGGUUCUUUGAUGAUUGGUUUCUUAAUUUCAGAUCGUUUUGGUCGCCGCAUCACCAUCUUGUUUUGUGUUGUUGUCUACCUGAUCGGUCAGGCCAUCAUUGUGGCUUCGCAGAAUCAACCAAUGUUUAUUGCUGGACGUGUUGUCAACGGGUUGGGGGCUGGUGGUUUGUUUCAGACGAUAUCAUUGUACACCGCUGAAAUUACACCUCCUCAAAUCCGUGGCGUGAUGACUUCAAUGAUGAGUCUGGGUAUAGCAAUGGGACUUCUAGUCGCAUAUUGGGUUCAGUAUGGAGCGGCCAAUAUCCAGGGCAAUGCUGCCUGGCGCAUGUGCUUCAGUCUUCAACUGGUACCUGGUGCGGCCGUCGGCGCCAUAAUGCUGUUCCGACCCGAAUCCCCACGUUGGCUAUUCCGACACGAUAGGUCCGAAGAAGCCUUGCAAGUCUUGGCUAAGCUUCAUGCCAAGGGAGACCAGAACGCACCUGUUGUCCAGUCGGAAUUCGAAGAAAUUCGGGUCGUCGUGGAGUAUGAGCGAGGUACACCUGCGCCCUCCUACCUUUCGCUGCUGGUCAGCAAGCAAUACCGUCGUCGGACUGCAUUGGCCAUGGGACUCCAAUUCAUGCAGCAGAUCACCGGUGUCAACAUCAUUCUGUACUACGCUGCUAAGGUGUUUGCACAAACUGGUCAAACAGGAACUAAGGCCGCAUUACUGUCCAACGGUAUCGAGUCAGCCCUAUUCCUCGUCGCAUCUUUCUCGUUGACACUCCUCAUGGACGUGUAUGGUCGUCGCAAGCCAUUGAUUAUCGGCCCUAUCCUGAUGGGAAUUUGCAUGAUCAUCGUCGCAUCCAUGCUUGUCGGCUUCGGCGCACCAUACUUUGACUCGGCGACGCAAGAAAUGAAAUUCAAUUUUGCAGACGGCGCGGCCGGUAACACAGCUGUUGCGUUCAUGUUCCUCUACAUGGUCACAUUCGGUGCAAGUAUGGCCUCCCUUCCAUGGACUUAUCAAAAUGAAGUCUUUCCUAUCAAUGCUCGCGGUCGUGGAACCGCGCUCUCAACUUCCGUGAAUUGGUUCGUCAAUUUCUGGCUGGGAUUGUACAUGCCCACUGCACUGAAUGAGGGGUCUUGGAAAGUUUACUAUGUUUUCGGCGGUAUCAACAUUGGUAUCUCGUUUGUCAUUUACUUCUUCUUCCCGGAGACUUCCCGCCGGACAUUGGAGGAGCUGGAUCUGCUCUUUACUCCUAAUCGGCGCACCCUUGUGUUCUUGGAUAAAGAUGCUUGUCGGAAGGGAUCGCUUCUUAAGCAUGGAUUGGAGUCCGGUGCUGAUGCUGCCAAGGAUUUAGAAUCUGCGUUGGUCCUUGGCGCUAUCGAGGGAGGUGAAAAGGAGAAGAAUAUGGCUUUGCAUGAUGAGUAUUUGCAGUGA